AUGGCCGACCAAAACAUGCAGGCCGGAGAAGGUGACAACAAAUCCGACGAUUCCGUAGCAACGGAUGCGAAAACGGUGUCAGAUGAAGAUGCGAAACUAGCCGAGGAAUACAAAGAUAAAGCCAAUGAGUUUUUCAAAAACAAAGACUACAGUCAAGCAGUAACAUUCUACACCCAAGCCAUUGACAUGAACCCAACUGUAGCUGCAUACUAUGGCAACAGGAGCUUUGCAUAUCUAAGGACCGAGUGUUUCGGAUAUGCUCUUACAGAUGCAAACAAGGCCUUGAAAUAUGAUCCAAAGUACAUCAAGGCAUAUUACAGAAGGGCCUCGGCUAAUAUGGCAUUGGGGAAGUUUAAACUUGCCUUGAAGGACUUUGAGACAGUGAAGAAGGUUCGUCCCAACGACAAAGAUGCAAAAGCAAAGUAUACAGAGUGUAACAAGAUAGUUAUGAUGAAUGCAUUUGCCAAGGCAAUAGCUGUGGAUGACAGCAAAUCUAUAGCAGAGACACUGGAUAUAGCAAAUAUGGCUAUAGAGGAGAACUACACUGGCCCAUGUCUGGAGGAUGGCAAGGUCACGCUGAAGUUUGUUGAGAGUCUGUUAGACACAUUCAGGGACCAGAAAAAACUACACAGGAAAUUUGCAUACCAGAUUUUACUAGAUGUGAAGAACUUGUUUAAGGAACAACCAUCAUUGGUUGACAUCACCGUGCCUCCAGGGAAGACAUUUACUGUGUGUGGAGAUAUUCAUGGCCAGUACUACGAUCUGCUCAACAUAUUUAAAAUUAAUGGCAUGCCUUCCGAGUCAAAUCCUUAUCUAUUCAACGGUGACUUUGUGGACCGAGGGUCGUUCUCAGUGGAGUGUAUAUUCACCUUGUUUUCAUUAAAACUGCUGUAUCCAAACCACUUCUUCAUGGCAAGAGGGAACCAUGAAAGUUUUACAAUGAAUCAGAUGUAUGGUUUUGAAGGGGAAGUAAAACACAAAUACACUCAGAAAAUGGCUGAACUGUUCACAGAAGUGUUCAACUGGCUGCCACUGUGUCACUGCAUUAACGAGAAGAUCUUGGUCAUGCAUGGCGGCCUGUUCAAGGAUGAGACAGUGACUCUGGAUGAUAUCAGGAAAUGCGACAGAAACCAUCAGCCACCAGAGCAAGGAGUGAUGUGUGACCUGCUGUGGUCUGACCCGCAACCCCAAUGUGGGGUGUCGGAAAGCAAGCGGGGUACAGGAACCCAGUUUGGCCCUGACAUCACAAAACGGUUUCUACAGAGGAACAAGCUUGACUAUGUCAUCCGAAGUCAUGAGGUCAAGGCGCAGGGCUAUGAGGUUGCACAUGAUGGCAAAUGCAUUACUGUGUUCUCAGCACCUAAUUACUGUGAUACGAUGGGAAACCAAGGAGCCUUUAUUACACUCAAGGGAGAAGAUCUCACACCUAAAUUCACUUCAUUUGAUGCAGUGCCUCACCCCCAAAUGAAGCCAAUGCAAUAUGCCAGCUCACUGUUUGGUCUGUUCUAGCACCACACCAUUUCUGAACAAUCAUUGUGAUAUAUGACAUUUUAAACUUGCAUUUUGUGGAUCAAAUACCUUAUUACUAUUAGGAUGAAUCAAAUGAAUUGCUAUGUCAAGUGAAUAAAUAGUUUUUAUUUGUA